AUGCCUUUGGAAAUUGUAGCUAAGGAUCCUGCGACUAUUAAAGCUAUCAAGACUGCUUUGGAGGCAGACUCGUUAUUUGUGAAACCUAUAAUUAAAGAAGGUACAAAUCGGAUCAUUCGUACUUCAAUUGAUGAACCAAAGCAACUCCUAACCAAGUUCCCAGAUGUAGAGUUCAGAGAGUACCAACUCGAUCUUAGUAAAAAAGGGCAAUCUGUGCAUGGUAGAGAUAUACUGAGUUUCCAUCGUGAAUAUUUUUCCUCGUACAUUAAGGAUUUAAAAAUUCUUGAAGAAGAAUUGUUAUUUUAUCUUCCAACAAAAUAUAGCAUAUAUCCACCAAUGUUAUUAUUUAAUAAUUCAGAGAAGAAAUCGUUAUUGCAUGAAAAAGUACAACAAUUUUUCACUAAUUAUAAUAUAGAUCGUACGAAAUAUUAUAAACAUCUACUAAAUGAUUUUGCACCUUUUAAAGGUUUAGAGAUUAUUGCAAUUAACAAACCUAUCCUUGAGGAAGAUACAUUGAGACAACCUCAUAACUUGCAACUAUUAUACCGUAAUGAUAAUCGACCAUUAAAUGAAUUUGACGACAUAUGGUGUCAAGUAAUUCAAAAUGAAAUUAUACAAGUAUGGAACCCGAUGUAUACGAUGUUUUCAAGGGGAAACAUCAAGGAGAAAAAACGUAUCCUAGAUACUUUCAAAGAAGUAGAAAACAACGAUGUUGUUGACUUAUACUGUGGUAUUGGUUAUUUCACAUUCAGUUACUUAAAAUUAGGUUGUCGUAAUUUGUUUGGGUUUGAAUUAAAUCCAUGGAGUGUCAAGGGCCUCUGGCAAGGGUUUAAUGCUAAUAAUAAGUUUAAACCAACUCUCAACAAUGGAAAAUGCAUUACCACAAAACUGCAUCGUAACGAAGGAGAAUAUUGUCACAUAUAUAAUGAAAACAAUGAAAUGAGUAAUCAAAGACUUCAAGAAUUUCGUGACCAAAAUAUGGCAGGUGAAUUACUUAAGAUAAGGCAUAUUAACCUUGGUUUAUUACCUUCUAGUCAGCAAGGAUGGCCCGUAGCGAUAUUACUGCUUGAUAAUCAUAAUAAUUGGGGAGCAUGUCCUUUGUCAACGUUACAUAUUCAUGAGAAUGUCUCUAUACAAGACAUCAACGAUGGUAGUUUCAUCAAACAAACACUAUUAAAGUUGCAUACGCUAGGAGCAUCUCGAUAUCAGUUCAAUAGCACUCACCUCGAAAAGAUCAAGACGUUUGCCCCUGACGUUUGGCAUAUCUGUCUCGAUGUCGAUGUUACCCUGGCACCCACGCUGACCUAA